UAUGAUAUAAUAGAUUUGCGAGAUCUCUAUGAAAUACUGUUACGCAAUGAAGCGCUUCAAACGCCCAAUCAAUUUGUGCAUCAAAUGGAGAGGAAGGGCGGGCGGGCCCCACAACUCAGAUUGAGAUUUGGUCGUCGAGCGGAUCCCCUGUGGAACUCUUCGGGUCCGAUCGCUUCCGAUAGUAAUGCAGAGAAAUUCAGUUAAAUUUUCACACAAAUGAACAAAAAUAUUUACUUUAUUGAUAUUUAUUGUUAAUGAUUAAAGUUAUUGAAAUCACAUUUCCUGUUAUAUUUGUUUAAUUUUGAAAACAAUAAAAAUGUGUUAAAAUUUUAAUUUAAUGGAAACAAUCAAAAGUGAAAACCAAAUCCAUAUAUAAAUACAAUGUUUAUUGUAAAUAAAGGUCCGCCGGAAUAGUCAGUUGGAUAUACAUAAGCCGUACAAUUGUAUUAUCAUUUAUUAUACUUUGUAUAUCCAAUUCUGUUUACUAUUUAAAGCAUAUAUUUAAGUGAAUUAUAUAUCAAGAUACAAUUUCACUAUCUAUUCAUCAAAUUAAUAUUAAACUAAAUAUUUUAAUCAUUCAUUUAUUAACUUAUUAUAAACAAGAAUUUCGAAAUUUUCAUACAAAAUGACGAUAAGAAUCAGAGAAUAAUCGGCGUUCAGUUAUAUAUUGAUAUACAUGUGACAAAUAUAUCACAAAAUUAAUUUUAUUUUAAAAACAAUAUUCAUUUAAUUAUUUUUUGAACAUUUACUUUA